AUUUAUAGUCAAAAAUAUAUUUGAUGUUAGUGAUCGUUCAAGAACUGAUGAGAAGACGAAGAGAUCUUUAGCAUACCGUUUUCUUUUUCAAAUAAUAAAAUGUCACGCCCAACGAAUAUCUUAGGGCGGAUUUUCAUGCCUGGUACAUUUUCAAAAGCGAGGUUGGGGUUUCCAUCAGGUAGAGUAUAUAGGAGAAGUCAGGAGCAGCCAAGGCGUGGUUAUCAGAACUUCGUGCUAUCUGAUACUCUAAAGAAGAUUGAGAUGGAGUGCGAGAGAUUCUGUCCCGUUCCCCGGGUCCCUCCGCAGAAGGUAACAGUAGUGGGCGCUGGAAGCGACGUGGGCCGCAUCGCGUGCCUCUUCCUCAAGCAGCAGAAGAUCAUUCGCACACUCGCCAUGUAUGACGAGUUCGCGGAGCGCGGAGUGCUCGGCGUGGCCAACGACUUAGCUCACAUAGACACCAGCACAGAGGUCGAAGCUUACCAAGGUCGCAUGUUCCUCAAAGACGCAUUACUAGAAGCUGAUGUAGUCCUGAUCUGCGGCGGGGCGUACCUCCUGCCUCCUUGCUGUAACACCUGGGACCGGCAUCUGUUCUUCCAGAACAUGCAGCAUGUGCGCACUGCGACCCUCGCCAUCGCGCAGUUCUGUCCCCACGCUAUAGUGGCAGUCCAGACCCCGCCCGUUGACUGCAACUUCGCUCUGUGCCUUCAUACCCUAAAGAUGUCGCGAGUGUACGACAGAAGACGAGUCCUAGGCGUGAAUGCCAUCAAUGCCAUGCGCGCCAAUCAGCUGUUUUGUGCCAUCACGGGCGCUGACCCCAGCAGCAGCAACUUGCCAGUAGUUUGUGGCACGGGCAAAUGCACCAGGGUCCCCGUAUUCUCAGCUGGUAAAGCUAGCAACUUCCCACAAUCGCAGACAGAUUGCUUGACGCGUCUGGUCCGUGAGGCCGACGAGAUCAUCUGCAAGGUGAAGAGUAACAACGAGCAGGGACACUUGUCUAUCGGCUUCUCGACUGCCAGAUUUGUUGUUAACCUAAUGAAAGGUUUAUUUGAGAAGCCGACGUUCAUCGACAGCGCUCUAGUUGAGCAGGAUGACCCUAAGAAGUGCUACGACAUGCAGUAUUGCGCGACUCCAGUCACUGUCAGUAAGGGUGGGAUUGUGGAGUAUGCGGUACCCCAACUCAACGAGUCCGAGAAGAGACUGCUUGAAGAUAGCAGAUGCGAUCUAGAGGACAUGUUGAACAUGGGUCGCUGCUACGCGUGCGGUGACGAGUAUCUCGUGCACCCUUGCAAGUUCAAGUGUCCCGGCGGAGUAUGUUGCUGCAAGGGCUGUCAGGUCUGCAAGCCUUGCAAGAAUAAAGCUAAAGAGGCGUCAUAACUGAUUUAUAAUUGUAGUUACUUGUCUACUGGAGAAACGCUACAGUUUGAAAGAAGAACAUAUACGGAUGUCCGAAUUUUAACCUAUUUUUUAGUAGCUCCCAGAAACUAAUGCUACGGUCUCUUGUCUUCUGCAACAUUAUCUUGAAGAUCAAGAUUAAUUUUUUGGUCGGUGGAUGUCGAAAUCAAAAAUAAGCAAAAUGUUAAAUGCAUAUGCAAAAUACCUAGGUACAUUGUCCCUCGUCAAUAUUUUCUAUUUUGUGAACAAUUAUCUCUUACGAUAUUUGACUAUGUUUUCGAUUGAGUGUCAACAGUAACACGUUUGAGCGCGAAUUCGAUGCAGUUCUUAAUACAAUAACUUUUCGAUACAGUUUUGAUUUUGUAUAGUUUUGAUUGAGAAUAACAUAACGGAAAUAUCGUCGUCGAAACUGUAAAAAUUGAAAGUGGCCUAGUUUUUUUUACCAAAAUAUUGUGAAAUUAAAUAUUAACUUCUUUGAAAUGCGACUGAAAUCAUGUUAUAAAAAUAGAAUAAUUUCAACCAAAGUCAUGAAGCAUAGAUACAACAAAUGUAAACGUAAACAAUAAAUGAGUGUAAAAAAUA